CACACAACGGAAAUCGCCUCUUUAAACUCUACAAUCAACCAAUCAAUCGUGAAGAAAUCAAGCAAUGGCAACCUUCAACUUUCACUUUGUUGUAUGUUUGAUUUUGGCUGUCUCAUUUUCAAGCAGCAUGCGUUCAACUUGGGCAGCCCGCCAUCUGUUACAAUCUUCUCAACCAACACAGCCAACAUUGCCAACAAUUCCACCACUGCCUAAGGUCACACUGCCACCUCUGCCCGCAAUGCCAAACCUACCCGCCGCCACACUUCCACCACUCCCAAGCACGCCUCUGCCAACUCUGCCGACUAAUCCAUCUCUGCCGAAGCCCACAUUGCCACCUUUGCCAACCUCCAUGCCUACUAUCCCGAACGUGGCGCUGCCUCCAUUGCCAGCCUCUUCAUUCCCCACAAUGCCUUCUAUUCCAACUAUCCCCACAACAAUGCCUUCUUUCCCUUUCCUCUCACCACCUCCCUCAAACUAGUUCUUGAGUCAAUAUGCCAGUUUAAUUCUAUCCUCCAUUUUCAGCACUUCAUGAUUAUUUGUGUUCGUACUUGGUCGCCAUUAUACACUAUAAUUUCUUGCUUUGUAAUGUGUUAUAUACAUCUUGUAGCUUCGUAGGCUUGAUUUUCUUUGUGUUUUGCCUACAUACAGCCUUGGCAGAUGCCGGUGUGAUAUACGGAUAUUAAUCUUAUUGCAUCUUCAGUUCCAUUCUGUAGAAUUUCGUUUUGUAUUGAGAAGCGUGAUGUGUCGUUGGUGAUCAACAACUAUAUAUUAAUUACCGUAUCAGCAUAAUGUCUUAAUAAAUGAAAUUGGGGGUUGGAUUUUCUAUUUCAAA